AUGACUCCUCGUUCUUUCAUCGUGCCGCCUCCUCGGCCUUCGUCUCACACCUCCACUCGUCCCUCCCCCCUCGGGGAUCCGUCACUCCACUCUGCUUACAUCUGUCCAGUGCAGGACUUCAGAUGUGGAUUUCAGUGCAGAGCGGUGGGGGUGUGGAGGAGGAGGAGGAGGAAGAUGACGGUGGAGAUGCCGGGAGUGAUGGAGGCCGAUUCCCCAGGUCAAAGUGGAGCAGGAAACAACUGGGCCAAAGGUCACUACACAGAGAGGACAGAGCUGGUGGAUUCGGUCCUGGAUGUGGUGAGAAAAGAGGCCGAGAGCUGCGAGUGUCUGCAGGGAUUCCAGCUCACACGCUCCCUGGGAGGAGGAACCGGUUCAGGCAUGGGCACCCUGCUCAUCAGCAAGAUCAGAGAGGAAUACCCCGACCGCAUCAUGAACACCUUCAGUGUGGUGCCCUCUCCUAAGGUAUCAGACACGGUUGUCGAGCCGCACAAUGCCACACUGUCAGUCCACCAGCUGGUAGAAAACACAGACGAGACCUACUGCAUGGACAACGAAGCAUUAUACAGUAUUUUACAUUCACCGACAGUAUUUGAAAAAAUGAAAACUUAUCUCACUUAGCUGAAGUCACCAGUCAGUUAAAACUUGACCAAACAAAUCUUCAUUCACAGCACUGACAAUCACGAGUUUUGUUUUUUUUAUUCAUCAUGAUCCCAGUUAGAAGAGUCUGGAGUCAUCUGCAUCCAUGCAAGAAAUCAUGAGAAAAGAAGAAGAAGAAGAAUCAGAAGAAGAAUCAGCUUUUUA